AUGUCACUGGAUAGAAACUCCACAACCAUUACGAUUCCAAUUCACGGUACUAAUUACUACACCAUCACUGCUACCAUACCAACAAAAGGAUUCCACACUCUUACAACCUCGUCCACUCCCGAUGGUCCAUACUCUUAUUUUGUUUAUGGACAGACACCUAAUGCUACGUAUGGAUACAUGGGAGCCAUUAACAUGCCACAAGUGAUACUGUUGCCAACAACGACGGCUGCUCCUUCGACUGCUACGGUGACAGCUCCUAGUGUGAUGCCGACGACACCACAACGUACGUCAUCAACGAGUUCACCACCUAUAACUACUACGAACAUUCGCAGUACGACACCGAAAUAA